AAUAAUUAGAAUGAAAUUAAUCGAAUAAUAAAUAUCGUGUUAGUGAAAAUAAUGAUUUUUGUGAUUAUCGAUAAUGAAAGGUUAUGUUGAAUAUCAUAUUAUGAAUAAAUGUUCCUAUAAAUUAUUGUAACGUUAAAUAUUGUUAUAAUAAAUAUGUUAAAAUGGAGAAGCCUUGUCGAACGUGCACCGAUUUUAAAACGUGGGUGAAAUUACAACAGAAAACUUUUGAUUCAGGAAAGGGUGAUGCUCAAAAGCAAGAAACAACCAAUCCUACUACAAAUGUUCCUACAGUUCAACGCAAUGAUUGUCCAUUAAGCAGAGACGAUUUAGGUUCCAAAACAUGGGCAUUUUUACACACCAUGGCAGCACGUUAUCCUGAUAAUCCAAGCGACGAACAAAAAAGUGAUAUGAAAAGAUUCAUGUAUUUAUUUUCAAAGUUUUAUCCUUGUCACAUUUGUGCAGAAGAUUUUCAAGAACAAUUGAAAGAUACACCACCGCAAACCGAUUCACAAAAAGUCUUCAGUCAAUGGCUAUGCGUUGUUCAUAACGAGGUAAACAAAAAAUUAGGUAAACCGGAAUUUGAUUGCAAGUUGGUCAACCAAAGAUGGAAAGACGGGUGGCUGGAUGGUUCAUGCGAUUGAAUUUUCAUUGAGAAACAU